AUGCUGGAAAAUGGAUCCUCUCCACCUGUUUUCACCAACGACCGCGACGUUGUUGUAACCCCUAUGCCUAGUGGGCUGGAUCCUCGAUUGAGUCUAGUUCGCAUCGAUAUCGAGAAUUCACUCGAGCAGCUCCGCAAAAAACUCGGCCGACAGAGCGACUGGAAACUAAUACGGGUAAUGUCGAAGGAAAAAAAGGAGUUUUCUAUAAUACUCUAUCGCGUCGAUGCAUUUUCUUCGGAACAAGACGCGGUCAAGUCUGCCCUUGCUAAAGGAUCGAAGCUGAGGCAGCUCGAGUAUAUCGAGGUUGGUGGCGGCGAAUCAGCUAUCUGA